AUGCAUCCUACGAUUAACAUUUCGAGUAUGCUGGAGAUUAUUACCAAAUCACUGCGUGAAGAGGCAGAAGUUAAGGUCUUGAGCCAGGAGACGGUGCUUGUGUGUAAGAACCUGAAUGAAAUCACGACGGAAGACGAUCUGAGAGAAGCACUGAAGCAGCAAUGUAACCUGGUCGAGGUGUACAUGACGAUUCGGAUAUCCAGAAGCAGUUAUUAUAACUAUAACCUCAAUGACAACAACAAUAGCAACAACAAUAGCAACAAUAAUCGUAACAACAAUCGCAACAACAAUAGCAGCAAUAAUCGCAACAACAACAACAAUACGCAAUGCGGUCGUCCAACAGCUGGCAACUCUCUUCCCCGGGAUAAGGAUCUACUUGCGGCGGCAAGGGUGCAAUUCUCUAGGCCUCCGUUUGAAAAUCAGCGUGGUAUCAGGAUUCAACGUGGUGAAACACUGAAUCCAUACCCGGUUGUACAUCAAUUUAACUCAACUUCCGCACCAGAUAGGAGCGGUAAUCUGCAGAGAUCACCGGUUACGCCACUGGUAGCCACAGCGAGUGCUGGCAGCGGCUUGGUACAGAGUGAGCCACGAGGAAACCAACGUGAGAUGGGAUUACCGAAUCGAGUGUUCACCUCGAGAUCAGGUAGCGACAUCACUCACUAUGGCCCACAUCUCGGGAAGUCGUACUUGACGGAGGUGAGAAAAAAGGUCGAUGAGCUCUACGAGUUCGUGAGGGGUAAGCACAAUGUGCACAACAAGGAGAAGCAGCUAGUGACGAGCAUCAAAUCGGCCGUAACAGCUGCUAAACGUAAGCAGAAGGCGCUCUUGGUGAGAAAUGAAUCAGCCGAAAAAGCUCUGAUGGAAGCUGCAGAACACGCGACGGCAGUAACUAAGGUGACACCGAAGAAUCACCACAAUACUCGCUGGGUGAAAAGUGUGAGGGACACGCCGGGGGAGCAAGAGGACCCGAAAAAGCAGAAAAGCGAGCUGGAGGGCUCUGACGACCAGAGGAACGUUGGGAAAGACCGUGGUUGGCGCAUAGUAGGAAAUCAGCAGGCGGAGCGGAGGGAACGGAAACAAAAGGAAGAAAAGAAGAAGGAACAAGGUAAUAAAGAAAAACGGAAGCCUUCUCGGGAGAGGCAUAAGGGCGAUGCACUGAUCACCGAAGCCGCUCUUCUCAAGAAAGUGAAAGAGGACCCUGAGUUGAAGGAGCUGGCAGAGAACGUCGUUAAAACAAGACGCACUCAGAAAAGCGAAAUGAUCUUCGAGCUGAAGAAUGAUCCUUCCGUCAAGGGCUCGAUCUACCGCGAGCUCCUUGCUAAAUCCUUGGGCAACGAAGCGAACGUGAGAGCUCUGUCGCAGGAAGCCGUAGUUCGAUGCAAAGUUCUAGACGAGAUAACGACCGUAGAAGAACUGAAGGUGCACUGGUGGAGCAGCGCAAACUGA